AUGGAUUCUGGUUCACGUAAGAUCUAUCAUGAACAUGGAUUUGAUUCCAGACAAUUCUUGGAGCAUUAUGUCUCAGACAAAGCUGACAAAGCCCAUGGAGAGGAUUCUUUAAAAUUUCCCAUUGAAAAUCUUACAAAGAUCUUUACAGAGGGACAUAUUAGAGGACAUGUCCUGAUUGACUUCAGCCUUGGUUCCAUUAUUCAUCAUCUAUAUUCAGCCUGUGAGUUUUUCAAACACAUCAUAGUCCUGAAGGUCAGUGACAGAUGCAUCCUGGAGCUGAAGAGAUGGCUGGACACACGGACAGGAGCAUUUGAAUGGGAACAUGCUGCAAAACUUCAUGUAGAGAUACAAGGGAGCAGUGACCAGUCCCAUGAAAAAGAAGAAAAACUGAAAUCAAUCAUUCAGCACGUUGUGAAAAUUAAUCUUGAGAAGGAAAAUAUGACGGAUCCGAUAGUCUUACCACCAGCAGAUUGUAUCAUCUGCGCUUGGUUAAUAGGCGCUAUCAGCAAAGACCAAGAUGAUUACAUCAAAAAUCUCAGGAAGUUCUCACGGUUGCUGAAACCUGGAGGACACCUGAUAUUAUUUGGGGCUUUAGAUACAACAUAUUACACAGUCGGGAAAGAAAAGCUUCACUAUGUUACAUAUGAUGAAGAUUUUCUUAGGAAAGCUCUAGUUGGAGAAGGAUUUAUCAUUGAUUACUGUAAGGUUCAGAAGAAAGUCUUUGAGAGUGACCUCAUUGACUAUUCAGCUGUCAUAUGCAUUUCUGCUCACAGGAAGUAGUAGGUCUGAGUAGAAAC